AUGGAUGCCACCACGCUGGAGCUGGACGCGGUGAAGUUCGCGCAGCUGGCGGUGCAGCGGGACCAGAGCGGGCGCUACCAGGAAGCGGUCUUCUACUACAAGGAAGCUGCACAAGCCUUAAUUUAUGCUGGGAUGGCAGGGUCCAACUUGGAAAAUAUUCAAGAAAAAAUAAAUGAGUACUUGGAGAGAGUUCAAGCUCUCCAUUCAGCAGUUCAGUCACAGAACACAGACCCUCUGAAGUCAAAACAACAGUUGGACUUGGAGCGUGCUCACUUCCUAGUUACACAGGCUUUUGAUGAAGAUGAUAAAGGCAAUGCAGAAGAAGCUAUAGAGUUGUACACAGAAGCGGUGGAACUCUGUUUGAAAACAGCUACUGAAACUUCAGAAGCAGGCCUUCAGUCAAAACUGAAACAGCUGGCUCGACAAGCACUGGAUAGAGCAGAGGCACUGAAGGAGUCUGUGUCAAAGUCAUCUCAGAAGGAGAAGUCCACUGCAGCUAAACCAAAUCAGCCAGUGAGAACAUUCUUUCCAUUGGGACCUGAUUUUUCUUUGAAUGAUAAACCGCAGACAAUCAGAGCAGUACAAGCUAGUGAAUCUCAAGGUCAGAGGUACACUGCAGAGGAGAUUGAAGUACUCAGGAAGACUUCAAAAAUUAAUGGCAUUGAAUAUGUACCUUUCAUGAGUGUUGAUCUAAGGGAACGUUUUGCCUUCCCUAUGCCAUUUUCUGAUAAAUGUGGGAAGUUACCAUUAUCCCCCAAACAGAAAGCAAUGUUUGCCAAGUGGGUGCGACCAGAUGACAUAACAAAUAACCCUACGAUGAUUUAUACUGUAUCAAGUUUCAGCAUAAAGCAGACAAUAGUGUCAGAUUGUUCUUUCGUGGCAUCACUAGCUAUCAGUGCAGCAUAUGAAAGAAGAUAUAACAAAAAAUUGAUCACAAGUAUAAUUUACCCUCAGAAUAAGAAAGGAGAACCAGAAUAUAAUCCAUGUGGCAAAUACAUGGUGAAGCUUCAUAUCAAUGGUGUACCUAGAAAGGUAAUCAUAGAUGACCAGUUACCUGUUGAUCAUAGUGGGGAACUUCUCUGCUCUUAUUCUAACAAUAAGAAUGAAUUAUGGGUGUCGCUAAUAGAAAAGGCUUACAUGAAGGUCAUGGGAGGAUAUGAUUUUCCUGGAUCAAAUUCUAAUAUUGAUCUCCAUGCACUGACUGGUUGGAUACCUGAAAGAAUUGCUAUGCACUCUGACAAUCAAGCUUUCAAUAAAGAUAGUACUUUCAGAAUGCUUUAUCAGAGAUUUCACAAGGGAGAUGUCCUUAUCACAACAGCAACAGGGGUGAUGUCUGAAGAGGAAGGAGAAAAAUGGGGUUUAGUUCCAACCCAUGCAUAUGCAGUCUUGGAUAUAAGAGAAUAUAAGGGACUUCGAUUUCUUCAGUUGAAAAAUCCCUGGAGCCACUUACGUUGGAAGGGACGAUACAGUGAAAAUGACACAAGAAAUUGGACCCCAGAUUUACAAAAAUACUUGAACUUUGAUCCAAGAACAGCUCAGAAAAUAGACAAUGGCAUUUUCUGGAUUGCCUGGGAGGACCUGUGCCAGUACUAUGAUGUUAUUUAUUUGAGUUGGAACCCAAGUCUUUUUAAAGAAUCUACAUGUAUUCACAGUACUUGGGAUGCAAAGCAAGGUCCGGUGAAGGAUGCCUACAGCCUGGCCAAUAAUCCUCAGUACAAGCUAGAGGUCCAGUGUCCACCAGGUGGUGCUGCCGUCUGGGUUCUGCUUAGCAGGCACAUCACAGAUAAGGAUGACUUUGCACACAAUCGGGAAUUCAUUACAAUGGUUGUAUACAAGACUGAUGGCAAAAAAGUUUACUAUCCAGCUGAUCCUCCUCCGUAUAUUGAUGGUAUUCGGAUUAACAGUCCUCAUUAUCUGACCAAGAUAAAGCUGACCUCUCCAGGGCCCCAUACAUUUACCUUAGUGGUGUCCCAGUAUGAGAAACAAAACACUAUCCAUUACACCAUCAGGGUGUAUUCCUUGUGCAAGUUCACCUUUUCCAAGAUUCCUACACCUUACACCAUUUCCAAACGGGUUAAUGGACAGUGGAAAGGUCACAGUGCUGGAGGAUGUGGAAAUUUCAGAGACACCUACAAAAAUAACCCCAUUUAUCAAUUCCAGCUGGACAAGAAUGGACCGUUGCUAAUUGAACUACGGGGACCAAGGCAAUACAGCGUUGGUUUUGAACUCGUCAUGGUCUCGACUGUAGGAGAUCCUGGUUCCUAUGGCUUUCAGAAAAAGAGCAGUGGUGACUACAGGUGUGGAUUUUGCUACUUGGAAGUGGAGAACGUAUUUGCUGGAGUUUACAACAUUAUCCCCACCACAUUCCUGCCUCAACAAGAGGGUCCUUUUUUCUUAGAUUUUAACAGUGCUACUCCUGUUAAGGUAUCACAGCUGCAGUGAGGAGACAGAUCUGUGCAUUACCAUUUAAGGAGGUGUUCUUGAUCUGUCCUACAGUCUGAGAACAGGUGAAUAACUCUUACUAUACAUAUGCAUAAAAGAAAAUUACAUUCUAAGUUAUAGCCAAAAGCAUGGAAUCACUGAUUUGCCAGUUAAUUGUAGUAGACAGUUAGCUGUGGUUUUUGCUGCUAUGGUGUUCGAGUGAGCACUGUUCAACAGGCUCAUGAAUGGGCUAAAAUGCUUAUAUUCAAAUGAACUGGCAGAACUCAGUUUAUUGCAGUUUUUCCACACUUCAAAGUCUAGUAAGUUAAGAGAAAAACUAACAUUGAAAUUCUCUUCUCCCAAAAUACAGGGUCUAUGGGUUUAAGAUUUUAUUCUUAAAAGUAAACAUGUAAGAAAAAAUAUUCUUGUGUAUUCUGCUUAUUCAGUCUCAGGACCAAAUAGCUUUUACUACAUAUUUGUGCUGCUAUUUAUCUUGAAUGUUUUCAGCAUUGAACUAGUUCUCACAUCUAAAUGUAAAUUUACUACUGCUGAGCAGGUAGUAUUUCAGACUAACAUGCUCAGCUUAUCUAGAAUAUGUAUAUAGGAGUAAAGGAAAAGGAAGAUUCCUGCUUUACCUAUUUCUAAAAGAAAAGCGAUGGCUUCACUCAUGUUACAUGUACUUUGAGAGCUGUUAUUUCAUGUCUGUAUUACUUUACACAUAAUAUUACAGCACAACGUACUCUAUGGCUUUCUUCCUACUAGCUGCAAGACCUAGCUUGAUCCAGAUCAGCAGUAAAAUCAGGAGGUUAGCCAGCAGUAGCGUACAAACAGCGCAGCACACCCUUUGUGAAAGGUUUUCAUCUACAGGUGCACUGUAAGAUUCUCUGUACCUACUGAGGUAGUCUCAUUGGCUGGUGAGAGGAGAUAGGGAACUACCCACCACCAGCAUCCCAGCAAAGAAAUGUUUUAUUCUUAUCAUUUUUAUAAGUAUUCAGCCUGUAGGGGAAGGAUCAUUUAAACCUCUCCCUCUAAUAAACCACAGCCACAAGAAAUGCAUUUGCUGCUCCCAUUAUACAAGACAUCUUUUAAAAGGUACCUUUUUCUUUUAAGUUGAAACCAGUGAAUGAAUUGAGCACUUGGCCAGUGUCAUCAAUAGGAGUAGGGUCAGAGUUCUUAAGAAAAUAGUGGAAGUGGGAUUAGUCCAGAAUAAGAUUUUUUUAGACGCCUACUAUCAGUGCUCGUCCUCCAGGAGAUCUAUAUACAUUGUAUCUGAAGAGGCUUAAAGAUAACCAAGUUUUUCUUUUUAAUUUAAAUACUAACUGCCUCACUGAUGCUAAAAUGCAUUGGGUUUUGUCCUUUUACAAAUGGCAGACUUAAAAUUCCACUAUAUUUGGCAGUUGGGGGAGGAUGUUUUUAAAACAGCCAUAGGAGGUUCUUUGCCAUUCAGGUUGGUUUGACGGUUUUCCAAGCAAAAAGGUAGCAUUUAAAUCUUAUUGUAGAGCACAGGUGCCAUUUGGUCAUUGGGAAACUGAGCACACAUGCUACAGGAGCACCAGAAAUAUUACCUGUGGGCUAAAAUUGUUCCCGUAGAAGUCUGCUCUUAGCCCUCUCCAGAAAGUACAAGAUCCUUUUGUUUCAUUUCCUUCAUCAGACAGCUGCUUUUAACAAAUGUCUAGCUUUAAAAGGGCAUGGAAAACACAUGCCUUUCUGACUGCAGUUCUCUCAAAGACCAUCUGGGCUAGGAAAUUUGUGACAAGUUUGUCACAGUGUGACUUACCUUCUUUUGCAGGGAAGUUACUGAUGAUUAUUGCAACAAAUCAACAGAGGGAACAGCAUGGGCACAAGCUGAGCAAAAAAACAGAUUAGGUUCUUUGUGGUUAUCCUUGACUUUUGGGAGUACGCGCCAAGGACUGCUUCAUCCCUACAAAAUUAAAAUUUCAUUCAACUCACAUUUUCCCUACAAAUUUAUGUUAAGUUUUUAGCUCGGGCUAAACCAGAGUGGCAAUGGAGUCCCGCAUAUAUUUUAUCACCUAUGAAGUUAGAGGUAGUUAGGAAGUCUCAACUGUGUAUCUUUUUGACAGUACAAAAGGCAGAUGCCGGAACUGCCAGCUUUCAGUACUGAAUUCUUGCACAUCCUCUGCUGUUUGAGAUCAAGCUGGUAGACUUGCCUACAGUAAAAUCUGUUGUUCGUCUUCUGUAGUUGGUUUCUACUCUGCAGGAAGGGGGUUUUCUUUCUUCCUCUCCCCC